AUGGCUAAGGAGAAUAAAGCUGUUCAAAAGAUAUCCGAGGCCAGUUUCGUCACAAGCAUAGAAGAGGCUGCACGGAUAGACCAAUGCACACAGACGCCACCCAGCGGCAAAGUGACGGCUAAGCUGCAAAGAUUCAACACCAGUGACCACAUUUACGACAGACAUAGGCCAUACAGAACAAAGCAAGAACUGCGACCGAAGAGUUUGGGACUGUGCGAGUCAUAUCCGUUCUUUGGGAAACCACCGAGCUAUGACGGGAGUCAUGUUAACAGAUUAAAAUCGACUACAGAAAGCCCGACAAUAUCAGUGACCGCUCCCCACAGCCUCGAAUACGAGUGUACCAAAGGCAGUAGCACACCCAAUGGAAGCAUAACGCCCAAUAUGCUGGCCAGCAAAUCUGCGGCGACUGUACUGCUAAGCCCUGGUUACAUGCCAUGCCAGUGCAACCAGUCCAUUAGAAGUGUAAGCGAAGUGGCCCUAGCGAUGCCUGUAAAUAACUGGAACGAUGAGGCGCUGGCGCCUGGGUCGCCAGACGGAUUGUCCUGGCGAAGACUACAUAUGUCCAGAGCAAAACUGAAAGCCACAGCCACGACGUCCGAAUUGUUGUCUGGUUUCGCAAUGGUAGCAAUGGUGGAACUACAAAUAAACGAACCGACCAAUGUCCCAGAGUGGCUAUUCGUUAUGUUCGCGGUGUGUACAACAGUAUUAGUUGCUGUACAUAUCUUCGCUUUGAUGAUAUCUACGUAUCUUUUACCCAAUAUCGACGCAGUGAGCAAAAUGGAACCAGGGUGUCCGUCAAGGGCGCUGCGGGAGUCUCCACACGAACGAAUGAGGGGUUUCAUUGAGCUGGCUUGGGCGUUUAGUACCGUUUUAGGUCUCUUUCUGUUUCUGGUGGAAAUAGCUAUUCUCUGCUGGGUUAAAUUCUGGGACUAUUCAUUCGCAGCCGCCACCGCAGCCACUGUUAUUGUUAUACCAGUUUUAAUAGUCUUCGUGGCGUUCGCGAUACACUUCUACCAUUCCCUGGUUGUGCAGAAAUGCGAAACGUCCGUCCAAGAUAUAAAACAGCUGGAAAAUAUGAAAAGAGACCUCGACACUGCCACUGUUAAGGUCAACAUGUACCCCUAA